ACAAAAAUUGUUGUUAUACAGUACGGGCGCAGUAUCGCAUCAAUGAUGACUAGUGCAAAGUGGUGGGCCUUCCAGUCCGAUCAAGUCUUCGUGUUGCUGGCUGCGACAGCGGCGGUAUGUUUCUGCGUGCUGGUGCUGUGGAAGGUGGGCGUGCUGGUUCACUCUGCCGCCAGGGGGCGCCGACUGCCCCCGCCCCAGCUGGGCUACGUCCGGCUGGCCAGCACCAGCGCCGACAUGAGCUGCGUGGACCUGCAGUGCACGAGCAUGGAGAGCGACAAGCGACACUACCGGUUACUUGAGGCCGCCCAGACCAUCUAACAACACAUGUCUCUCUUUUCCUCAAUCAUAC